AUGCCCGGGGAUGUCCCGCAAACGCUGCUGCUGCUGCUGCUGCUGCUGCUGGCGCUGACCACUACCAGCGCCGCUCCGCUGCGGGGCACCACCCCGACCAGCUCCACCUCCUCCGCCAACACCUCCUCCUCCUCCGCCUCCACUGCCGCCACCACUCCCACCGCUGCCGCCACCACCGCCGCCUCCUCCGCCGCUGCCAGCACCAGCACCGCCUCCGCCACCACUCCCACCGCCACCCCCACUCCCUCCACCGCCUCCACCGCCACCUCCACCGCCCCCUCCAGCUCCACCCGCGCCCUUGCCCCCCUUGCCCUUGCCGGAGCGGCGUCUCCCGCUAGGGGCAGACGCCGCGCCGACCGACUCAAGACCAAGCAGGUCGGCAGCAGCAGCAGAGGCAACAGAGGGCAGCAGGGGGGAAGGAGAGCACCCCUCAAAGAUGGGGGUGCGAGGGUCACCACGAGAGGCUCCUACAGCGACGAUGCUCUUCUCCGCCGCUAG